AUGGCUCGGGGUGUCCUGACUCCUGUGUACAGGAAACCGUACCCACAAUGGGUAGAUAGGUUUCAAACUGAUCUCAACAAUGUCAAUGAAGCUGAGCAAGGAGUUCCUGAACAUGUCAACCCUGACAAAGCAUAUCAAACUGGAGCUGGAAGCUUACCUGCCAUUGAUGCUGAGCAAGGAAAAGAAGUCAUAGAGAACCUUAAUGACAAAUCAGCAAAUGUGGGUUUGACAUGUAAGCCUGUGCAUCUGUCGACUAAUUGUCACUCCACUGGGAAAGAUGAUAGUGUUAAUUUGGAGCACCGACAAGAAUCUUGCCCCAAGGUGGGGACCAAAUUGGAAAGCAAACUUGCAAAGCCCAGAUUGAAGUCUUCCACUCAGGUUCAGAGAAAUGUUUCUAGUGAGCCAUCUAAAUGCUCUGCAAAGAAACAUAUUAGAUCAAAAAGCGAAGACUCACAGAGCACAAAAACAGAAAAACACUCAUCGCACACAGCCAUUCUAACCACACGUUGGGAUCCUAAGAGUUCAAAGUCAAAAGUUAUUCAUGAUAACAGAAGUGAAAAGGAAUUGAAGACAAAAAAGGUUGUUCAUGAACCUAAGCCUUCUGCCUCAGAGAAGCUUGUUCCUAAAGCACGUCAGAAUGCAAACAGGCCCAAGCAGGUUGAGAAUUCAACUAAGUCAGGCAUGAAACAAAGCUUGGCUGUGUUCAAUUUCAAAAGUGAGGAACGGGCAGAAAGGAGGAAAGAGUUUUACAUGAAGUUGGGGGAGAAAAAGCAUGCAAAGAAGGCCGGGACAAAUCAAAUUCAAGCAAAUAAACUGGUACAUAAAUUCAAUGCAAUAGUUAUCUAA